AUUGCCACCGAUUAGUUAAGGAAAUAGCCGGUCAUAGAAACGCGGCACGACGACCGUGGUAUAUAUAGAGGCCUAUUUCUACGCAGAACAUUCCAUUUCUCUCAUCUCUUCUUCUUUUUUGGUAAAUCCUAUAUUCCAUUUUCUGCCUGCAUAUUCAUUCUGAUCCAUCCUCAGAACAUCUCUACAUCCUUCUCCAAAUUCACGUACAUAAAUCAACACAAUGAGAAACUCUCUGAUAUUGUCACCGGGAGAUCGACUGCUCCGUCAGCCCCCUCCGGCCACAUGGCUCCCGUUGUAUAUAUUCAGCCACGUGGCACCCGCUACGCUUAUAUUAUCUACCUGAUCGACCUCCUCAAGCUCCUACCUUAAUUUUGAUCAUUCCUCUGAUCUGAGAUCUGCAUCCACCUUUUCGGGAAGAAGAGUAGCUGAUAUAUAGAUAGAGAUAUUCCUGGCCCUAAACCAUAAACCCACGAACCGACGUUCUUCUUUCGAUGAGUGAAACUUCAUCAAAACCGUCAUACAUAUUCCCACCAGAAAUGGCAACUCAAGUUUCAGGGAGGAAAUACAAAAACUCAGUUUUGUACAAGCUGCUAAAGUUGUGGGCAAAGGCAACCGUAUGUGUAGUAGUGCUCCCCAUAAUCUUCUUCAUCUGCGUCCCACUGUCUAUCCUUCUCAUCCCACCGUUAUUUAUUGCUUCUACAUGGGCGUUUUGUAUGUGCAAGAUAAUAUAUUUCUUGUGCCCCCUUAGAGUUGUAGACACGAAUCACACCAUGAAGUUUUUCAGAUUCUGUACCACACAUAUAUUAGGCACUACCAGCACAACCAAGGCUAAUGAUAAUGACGAUGAGGAAAAUAUGAAGGAGGAGUUGAUAGCCAAGAGUCGGGAGGAUAAGAAGCAGCCGGUGAGCGAGGUUGAGUUGGAUCCUUUGAAGGUGCCGUGUUUAUAUGAAUCUGAUGAUCACGAGCAAGAAAACAAAGAAGGGCGGAAUGUUAAGGAAGAAGUGGGUAAAAUCGGCAUGUACGAACAACUGGAACAAGGAUCAUGGCGAGUUUUGGUACCAAAGCCUCGGAUACCCAAACGGAAGAAGGAGAAACAUACGUUCCACGAAGUUUUAUCAUAUUGGAAAAGCAAGGAGAAAGCACAGGCAGCAUCAGCUGGCACAAGAGAAGAAGAUUAUUGCAUCAUCUAGUAAAAUUAAUCUAGGACUUGGGAAGAGUUGUUCAACUGCUCUCUAUAUUUUUCUAUUUCAUUUCGUCAAUUAACCACAUAAAUAGUGGACAAUAAUCAAAUUCAACAUCGUACGUACAUGCAUUGUACAUUUGCUAUGUUCACAGGAUUUCUCUACCAUAUGUGGUUAAUUUUCUUCAAAUAGCCCUUCAUGAAUACAAAAGGCCAUACAAAAAUAGCACAAAUUAUAUUUUGUCCAUAAGCUCGGUUAUUUUACGACGACACCUCCACAGUCAUGGACUAAUUCAAUAAGUUUUUCGUUUUUUUUUUGGUUAAAAUUAGUAGAACUUCAUUUUUUUUCAUUGAAUAGAAAGAAUGUCAAUACAAAAGAGAAUGGGGCUUAAGUGAUUAACCAAAGCUCAACCAAUCACAGAACAACACCAGUUGAUCAUGUUAAGUACAGGACUAAACAUAAAAGAGAGAAACACAGUGAAGAAAACGAAAGUUAGCUAGGUAAGCCCAGUUGAUCAUGUUGACAGAAGUUUCUCUGUAUAACAAUACCCAACAGUUCGAUCACAUCAAUUUACAUGCAUUUUAUGAAAGGAAUAAUUGUAAACUCACAGCACACGUACGUAUUAUAAGAGUAUAGGACUGAUCAAUCAUCAAUAAGUAUCUAGUUACCCAUGCAUGGUGUUGAUCAAUGAUCAUGGAGUAUUGACGACCCAUCAUUAUGAUUCCCCUCUUCCCUGGAUGUUCUUCCUUGCCGGGAAGAGGCUAGAGAGAUAUAGAUAACAGCCACAGAUAUGCGUACAACUAUUGAUCGAUCAUCGAUUAGUUGUAUCGAACUUUGUGGGCUGAAGAGAAAUGCUUCGCAGCAGCAACUAUAGUUGGUGCAGCUUUUGAAUAUGAAUCCCUAGCAUCGUCACCUUCACCAUCUGAGCUGUAGAAGCACCAAGCGAAGGGACUCAGUACUGCUGGCUUCUUACUCUCUUCCUUGGCCUUUCCCAUGAUCUUAUUGCUUGUUAAAUUCGUAUGAUUACUUGAUGUAUCCAUCUAUUGGCAAUUACAGAACCUGAACUCGCCUUUCUGGGUGUAUAUAUGAGAUUUGAGAGAAUUGCCUUGCUGCAGAAAUGAUGUGCUCGAUUUGUUUCUUGAGCAUGAAUAUGAAA